AUGACCAUAUUUGGUCGUGGAUGGUCCUCCAAAAAAGAAGAUACGCCUGAUAAUGGAAAUUCAAAGCCUACGGCACUGCUCGAUGGUGUAACAGCUCCGGCAACAGGUUUCGGAAUACGAUCUUAUCUUCAUCAAUUUUAUCAAUCACCAGCUGUUGAAGAUAUGGAAUCUGCUGGAGCUUGGUAUCUUUUGCCACCGCCAUCAGCACAACGAACAGGACUUUGGGUUUGUCGUUUGUUGACUGUUUUUGGUCUAAUCCUACUGAUUGGCGGAGCGGUCGCUAUUGUUAUCGGAUAUACUUGGCCUCAUGAAGGAGUGGAAGAAUCGAUUGCGCGAAUUGCUAUCUUUCAAGAUGAUGAUGGAAAUUUUUAUGUUCCACCGGAAAAACUUGCUGAAAUAGUGAAGGAUCCGAUGCGUCGUUGGAAAAUGUUUGGUUUAUGUAUGUUUGCUACCGGAGCUGUAAUGCUUGCAUUAAGUUUGCUAACGCCAACAUUAGUUGGUUCAUUUAAGAGUAAACGUUUAGCGGCGUUUAUGAGUGAAGAUAGUACACCAAAUGAACCACCGAUACGUCUCUAUCCUGCAACUUCUGGUAAAAAUGAAAUAAACCGUCAUCUGAAUAAUAACGUCAACGAGAAACAUGACAAAAUUACGCUUGAUUCAGGUCCAGUACCAGUACUGAAGGAAAUUGCAAAAGUGCAACCUGUUGAAGGUAAAAUUGGUGGCAGCAAUAAUGGUAAUGAUGACAAUCAUCAAAAGCAAACUAAUGCAGAUGAUUUAUUGGGUGAUGAAGAUACGCAACAGUGA